AUGCCAUCGGUUGGCUUCGGGCUUGCCUGGCUCAGCGGGAGCUCCUCGUAGCGCUGCCCGGGGUCAACGCAAGCGGCAGACGCUGCUUCUCCAGGGCCGGGCGGGAAGGAGGCAGGAAAAGGGUUCUCCCCCUCCCCUUGGCCCCCGCUCCCGGCCCUAGGGAGGGGCCAGCCCCGGCGGGUGCGCCCUUUCCCCGGGCCCGGAGCAGCACCUGGUCCCCCGGCAGCCGAGACGGUCCGUCCGCCGCGUCCCGCUGCCGCCUGGGCCGGGCCGGGCCGGCCGGGCCGGGCCGGGGGCACAUUCCGCCUCCGCCGCCUUCAGGGGCGCCCAUACCCGCUGACGGUGCCUCAUGGCGCGAUGCAGCUGCAGCGGGAGGGAGAGGAAACCCACCCCCCUCUCCUGGCGGCCGCCUUUGUAACCGCCCGGCCCAGCUCAGCGCGCAGCGGCUCGCGGGGCGCCGGAGCGCGGCGGCGGGAGCAGAUGGAGCCGCAGGGUUGCCCUUGUUCUCCUUUUCAAAUCAAGUGUCACAUUGACUCCAAUCCCUUGUUGGAAGCAUGUGGGGAACUGCAGCACAUCAACUCAGCUCAAUGUCUCCAUCAAGCUGGAAGGAAACCCAAAACCAAAACUGCACUGGCCAAAAUGCAUCCUCUACAGAAACCCCAAGUACCUCCUAAGCCUGUCCAUCUCAAACCUGGGCAGGAAAGAAUUCCUCCUGCACCAUCUCGGCCUUUGCCAGCUGAUCCCAAGUCAUCAAGGAGCUUAGCACCUGGAGAGGAAGAAAUACCAAUAUCAGCAGGAGUCAACACGCUCAUUGAGAAAUUUGAAAAUAUUAGGCAACCUGUACAUAUUCUUCAAAGAAACCAGUUAAAUUUAGCUCUUAAGAUGGAACCUGGCCUGGACUCAUCCAAGCAGAUGAGCUUGUGUGACUGUGACACAGUGGCUUCCAGUGGCUCUUCCACAAAUGACAAAACUGAAUUGCAUGAAGCUGAGCCCAACAUACCAUGCAGCAUGGAUCUAACUAACACAGACAUAAUGAAAAUUAGAGAGCUGAGCAUAGGUGAUAACAAAGGCCAUGAACUCUGUACUGCUGUGACUGUGAGCAAAGAGCCCCAAGAAGAGCUUUGCGAUAAAGACUCAACUGUAGAACUGAAUGGGAGUGGUAAAAUUCCCAACAGAGACAGUGGUAUUGAUAGUCCUUCUUGUAGUGUGGCUGGGGAAACAUUCCCCAGUGAAGAAGGGGCAGAGCAGAAGAAGCCCAGCAUGGCUGGGAACCCAGGAGAGAUGGAACCUGACAGAAAGGGCACCAAACCUUCCUCUGUGGAGCAGAAGAGAGACUCCACGCAGGACGAGGACAGUGACAUUGAUGAAGGAAGCAGUGAGGAGCAAGAGACAGCAGAAGUCCCAAAGUUAGAGUAUUUGGAUAUAAACAAGUGUACAGAGCCCCAAAAGCUAUUCAACAUCGCCAAUGAGCUGCUCCACACGGAAGAAGCGUAUGUUAAAAGACUCCAUCUCUUGGACCAGGUUUUUUGCACUAAAUUGUCUGAAGCAGGGAUUUCAUCUGAAGUGAUAACAGGCAUCUUCUCAAAUAUUUCUUCCAUCUAUUGUUUCCAUGGACAGUUUCUUCUUCCUGAGCUCAAAACAAGAAUUACACAAGAAUGGAAUGUCAACCCACGGCUAGGAGAUAUCCUGCAGAAACUUGCUCCUUUUCUGAAAAUGUAUGGAGAAUAUGUAAAGAACUUUGAUAGGGCAAUGGACAUAGUGAACACAUGUAUGCAGCGGUCCUCUCCCUUCAAAGACGUUGUUCAGAAUAUACAGAAACAGGAGGUGUGUGGAAACCUGACUUUGCAGCAUCACAUGCUUGAACCAGUGCAAAGGAUUCCUCGUUAUGAGCUUCUCCUAAAGGACUAUUUAAAGAAACUUCCAGAAGAAUCUCCAGACAGAAAAGAUGCUGAAAAGUCACUGGAGCUGAUAUCAACAGCAGCAAACCAUUCCAAUGCAGCCAUCCGGAAGAUGGAAAAGAUGCACAAGCUUUUGGAAGUCUACGAGCGCCUGGGUGGUGAAGAGGAUAUUGUUAAUCCAGCCAAUGAGCUCAUUAAAGAGGGACACAUUCAGAAACUUUCAGCAAAGAAUGGCACAGCACAGGAUAGGUAUUUAUUCCUGUUUAACAGCAUGGUGCUGUACUGCGUGCCAAAACUGAGGCUGAUCGGCCAGAAGUUCAGUGUCCGAGAGAAGAUGGACAUUGCAGGACUGCAGGUCCAAGAAAUUGCCAAGCAAAAUGUGGCUCAUACAUUUUCCAUAACAGGAAAAAAGAGAUCAUUGGAACUGCAAGCCAGGACAGAAGAGGAGAAGAGGGAAUGGAUUCAUGUCAUUCAAGCCACAAUAGAAAAGCACAAACAGAACAGUGAGACCUUCAGAGCUUUCAAUAGCUCUCUUUCACAAGAGGAGGAGCAUGUUCCUGAUUCCUCAAUAGCCAGCACCAGCUCAGUGGAAUCAAUGCCAGGAGCAGAUGUUGGUGGUGCAUUAGGAGGGAGUGAUUCCUCUAGGAAAUCUUCCAAAUCCAAGCGAGACAAGGAGAAACAGUCUUGUAAGAGCUGCAGCGAGAGCUUUAACUCCAUCACAAAGAGGCGGCACCACUGUAAGCAGUGUGGGGCAGUGAUCUGUGCAAAAUGCUCUGAGUUUAAGCCACUUGCAGAUAACAGCCGCCAUAAUCGAGUGUGUAAAGAGUGUUUCCUGCAGCUCUCAGCAAGCCCCUGCAGCCCUGGGGUGGAAGCAGCUGGGGAACAGAAGAAAAGACUAGCUGCAGAGAAGCAAAGCAUCCUUGCAGCUGAAAACAGCCUCUUCAGCAGCUACCUCCAGUUCCUUGAAAAAGGGAAGACUUGGUACAAAAUGAGGGUGACCAUCCCCAAGAGUGAACCUCUUGUUCUGUAUCUGCAAGGAAGCAGCCAGGAUGGACGAAGCCCACGUCCUAUCCCUCUGCCUGGCUACGAAGUCAGUUUACCAGGUUCUGGUGAGAAGUUUGACGUGAAGCAUGUUUUUAAGCUUUGCCAGUCCCAUCAAACUCUCUAUUUCAGUGCAGAAGAUGAAGAGCUGCAGAUUAAAUGGAUGGAAGUUCUCACCAAAGCUGCCAAAGGGGAGACUGAGGAUACAACUGAAGGGCUCAGCAACCCAUAGAGCAAGUUUCACUUAGUUUCUCUCCCACAUGCUAUAAACCAUCACUUGAAUUUGGUCUUCAUGGCACUUUGGAAUCUGUAUGGCUUUAUAUUUUCAUGUGUCUGCAUAGGAAAUUCAGUGGUUUCUCCCCUUUUAUUGUACAUUUUUCACAUACAGUAGUUACCUGCCAUAUAUUAUGUUAAAUGAAAACGUAGUUAUAGUUGGUGGUGUCAAUGCUGGUUUUAAAACAAAAGACAAGGAGUAAAGCAUUAAUUUUAACAAAGAUAAUGGAAAACCAUCAGUCUUUUGUUUUCCUAAAUGUAUAUUUUCCAGUCCUUUUGAUUGCUGUUGAGUGCAGGAUGUGUAUAGUCUGUGAUUAGUUCUAUAAAUGCUGCCUUUUAAAUUAAGUGUUGUAAAGGCUUGUGCUGGCCACUGACAUUCCAUUCUCUGCCUCACCCUCCUGGUAAGGUCUUUGUGAUGUGUGAGCAGUGUACUGAGUAUUUUCCCAUUGCUAAAACUAUGUCUCUGCUAUUCUGAGAUGACCUGUUCAAAUGACAAAUACUGUAGAAGAAACUUCUAAAAAUGACUGCAAACGGUGCAGAACAGAACAUUAAGAAGCCUCAUUGAUUUUAAGCAUUUAUUAUAUUGAUUGCUUUCUUCUGGAACCAGUACCUUCCUUCCUUAUAUUGGAACCCAUUUUGAUGUAAGUGAACAUUUUAUACUGCAAACUGGGUCAUGAUCAAUAAACAAGAACAUUUUUAGUAUACACCAUACAAAAAGGUGACUUUUUUGUUGUAUUGAUUAAUUUAAGUGGCCUAGAUUUUAUUUAUAUAUUUUGUAAAUAAUAUUUCAUAAGUAUUUUAAGAAUUUUUAAAAGACCUCAGCUAAUUAACAGGAUUUAGUGGGUAGUUAAGAGAUAUUUGUAUGAACUGAAUUUGUAAUUUAAUUUUCCUGUUCACUUGUUUUUGUCUUAUUUUCAAACAUAAAUGGUUAUCUAUUUAAAUAAAAAUUCCUGCAGUUAACUCCUGAGCCAGAUUUCCAAGGCACAGCAAAGUUUAGGUCAACAUUUAAUAUAGGCUAAAAAAAUAUAUAAAAGUCCAAAACAAAACAAAAGAAGGCAUGUCUGUUCCUAGUGGUAGUAAGCAUGUAGUAUCAAUCAAAAUGAAAUAAAAUCUGUCACAGUAUUGUAUUUUUAAAUGGUUUGGUUUAACUUUUGUUUCCUCCUUAGCCUCCUACAUUUUCUGAUAUUGAU